AUGCACGUUUUCAAGCUCGCACUUCCUUUUUUUGCCGUGGUUUGCGGUUUCACACGCGGUGCCAGAAUUAUACGUGAGCCGCACGUGCUUUGCACGGGGAAACAUCCCCGUUGCUUCUGCGCAGUGGACGCCAGAAAUUUUGGGCCAACUGCAACAUGGGCUGUUGUUGGUAAAUGCAGACAUUUGGGCGAUAAUAAUUUUGUACCCUGUGAUUACGAACCUGGAUACCCCGGUUUCCCACCUCAGAAUCUUUGUUGUGAUGAAGAUGUCAUGGGACGUGGCGAUCGAGCCACCAAAGCGGUAAACGAACAUUGCAUAAUGAGAGAUCCUCGUUGA